AUGAUGCCUUCAGACCCGAAACUCGAUCUUGAUGAAAAUACGCCAUGGAGCGAACCCGCCUGGUACAAGACGUUGGACUCGCCCUACUACAACCAAUCCCAUCGAAAGCUCCGGGACAGUAUUCGACAGUACUACGACACCUACAUCCUUCCUCACGCUCUGGAUUGGGAAGAGAAGGGCGUCGUACCACGGGAAGAAGCCUUACGAUAUGCGCGGUCAGGGAUUCCCUUUGACGAUGUGCCUUCUGAAUAUCGGCCGUCUCACAUCCCCAACUUAGCCGGCAUUCCCCACCACGAGAUGGACGUGUUUCACCUUCUGGUUAUCGUCGAUGAGACAGCGAGAGCUGAAGGGGGGGUGACAAUUGCGCUGGGUGGCGCUUCGACGAUCGGAAUUCCUCCCAUCAUUCACCAUGGUUCUGAGGAGCAAAAGGCCAAAUGGCUUCCUGGGCUCUUCUCAUGGGACACUAGUUUCUGUCUGGGAGUGACAGAGCCCCAUGGCGGUUCUGAUGUCGCAAAUAUCUGUACCACCGCUGUCAAGUCUGCCGACGGCAAAUUUUACAUUGUUAAUGGUGUCAAGAAAUGGAUCACCGGCGCCCCAUGGGCUACCCACAUGACAACCGCCGUUCGAACAGGUGCGGAUGGAUCCGGGGCGAGUGGCAUUUCGGCCCUCGUCAUUCCUCUGAGCUCCGAAGGAAUUACAUGUCAAAAGAUCUAUAACAGCGGGCAGAAUGCAGGCGGAUCAUCCUUUGUGGAUAUGGAAGACGUGCGGGUGCCCGUGGAAAACCUGAUCGGCGAGGAAAAUAAGGGAUUCCAGAUCAUUAUGAGAAACUUCAAUCGGGAGAGAUAUGUUAUGGCCAUUCAGUGCAACAGGAAGAGCCGAACAUGUCUUGCCCUAGCCAUGUCGUAUGCUAUGAGGCGCAAGACCUUUGGCCAACCGUUGAUCCAAAACCAGAUCAUCCGGCGCAAGCUCGCGGAACUGGCCCAUCGGGUGGAAGCGCAUUGGGCGUGGCUGGAACAGCUUGCAUUCUAUAUCAACCACGAUCCCUUGGGGUGGCAGAGCCCCCAGAUCGCCAGUCGUAUUGCCUUGCUCAAGGUCCAAGGGGGUCAGAUGCUGGAAUUAGCUGCGCGGGAGGCCCAGCAGAUAUUCGGAGGUGCUGGAUACCAGAAAGGCGGAGUCGGCGCGACGAUUGAACAGAUCAGUAGAGACCUCCGAAUGAUGGUCGUGGGUGGCGGGAGUGAAGAAAUCAUCGCCGAUCUUGCCAUACGCCAGGAAGUGUCCAGACUCAAAAGGAACGACAAGCUGUAG